AUGCUGACAAUAAGUCAAGCUUUGGUAGUCUUGAUCAUUAUUUUGUUAAUUUUUAAGUUCUUCAAACUGCGAAAGGCAUGCAAGCAAUUCCCUCCCGGACCAACUCCUCUCCCAUUGCUCGGAAACUUGCUGCAUCUGAACUUUCAGUUUCAUCGGGAUCUUCUGAUGGAGCUGGCAAAAACUUAUGGUAACAUAUACACUUUGUGGUUCGGGUGGGCCCCAGUGAUCAUACUGAAUGGGUAUCAAGCAGUGAAGGAUGGCAUGACUACACACCCUGAAGAUGUCUCUGGGCGGAUGGUGUCACCUUUCUUCAGAGCAAUGGCCAAAGGAAAAGGUAUUAUACUGGCAAGUGGUCGCUCCUGGAAGCAGCAGAGACGCUUUGGUAUAAUGACUCUACGCAAUCUGGGAAUGGGAAAAAAAGGCCUGGAGUAUCGAGUGCAAGAGGAGGCCUCUCACCUGGUGGAGUUCUUUGUGAACCUAAAAGGAAGACCUGUGGAUCCUUCUUUUCCUCUCUUCCAUUCUAUUUCAAAUGUAAUUUGUGCUGUGGUUUUUGGAUAUCACUUCUCUGAGAAGGACAAAACCUUCCAUGAACUGAUCAGUGCCACAGAGAAUUUAUUCAGAUUUGCAGGCAGCUUUGUUCAUCAGCUCUACGAGAUCUUCCCCUGGCUGAUGUGCCGUCUCCCUGGUCCUCAUAAGAAAGCAUUGUCUUGCUAUGAUGUCCUGAGUUCUUUUGCAAGGAAGGAGAUCAGAAGACAUGUGGAGAGAGGGAUACCAGAUGAACCACAGGAUUUCAUCGACUUUUACCUGGCUGAGAUAGAGAAAUCUAAGGAUGGGGUCAAGCCCAAGUAUGACGAAGACAAUUUGGUGUAUGUUAUAAAUGAUCUUUUCCUCGGUGGAUCAGAGACCUCAAGCACAACACUGUACUGGGGACUGCUCUAUAUGGUAGUGAAUCCAGACAUCCAAGAGAAAGUGCAGAAGGAGCUGGAUGCUGUUCUGGGUCCUUCCCAGUUAAUUUGCUAUGAGGAUCGGAGAAAACUGCCCUAUACAAAUGCUGUGGUUCAUGAGAUCCAACGCUUCAGCAACAUUGUCUUUGUCGGCAUACCCAGAGUGUGUGUGAGGGACACAAUAUUGCUGGGAUUCCCUGUCAAAAAGGGCACGAUCAUUAUGCCAAACAUAGCAUCUGUUCUAUAUGACCCUGAGCAAUGGGAGACACCUCGACAGUUCAACCCAGGCCAUUUUCUGGAUAAAGAAGGAAACUUUGUACCUCGAGAAGCCUUCUUACCAUUCUCAGCAGGGCACCGUGUGUGUUUGGGAGAGCAUCUAGCGAGGACUGAGCUCUUCAUUUUCUUUGCCAGCCUGCUGCGGGCAUUCACCUUCCGGCUCCCUGCGGGGGUCACGAGGAUCAACACAGAGCCCGUUUUGGGGGGUACGCUGCAGCCUCACCCGUACCGGGUUUGUGCCAUUCCACGCUAG